ACCGUGCUGGCAGCAUCCCGGAUAACCGAGUGCAUAUUGUAAACACGAUAGUUCGUGUUCGGUGGAAAACAAUCUUUUCGUUCGCAUAAUAAAGCUUAAUUACCUACGACACUACAAUGGAGGAAAUACUAAACGAUUCUGUAGUAUCUGACGAACUUGCGAAAUUCGAAAAAAAGUACAACCAGGAGCUGAAGGACGGUAACGUGUCGACCACAACACAGUUCGAAUAUGCGUACUGCAUGGUGCGGAGUGACUUUACCAGCGAUAUGAAAACGGGACUAGUGUUGCUGGAAGAUCUGUUCGUCAAACACCCGGAAGGACGUCGCGACUAUUUGUACUAUAUGGCAAUCGGCCACACGCGGCUAAAGGAGUAUUCGGAGGCGCUCAAGCACGCACAAGCUUUUCUGGAAAUAGAACCAAACAAUCAGCAGGUGAUAGCGCUGGAAGAGUUGAUCAAGAAGCGCAUGGACAUCGAGGGAAUGAAGGGUGUUGCUAAAGCGACCGGUGCGGUGCUCGUGUUCGGUGGCAUUGUAGGGCUCGGGUUGGCACUGCUGAAGAAAUGAAAAUCACCUCGCUAAGCCCCGCAGCGCAGCGUCAAAACGGGCGACGUAGGGCUUAAGAUGAAGCAACAGCAGACGUGUUGGCAAUGAAUGUGGUAAGGUUUUAAUGGAAUAUCCUAGGUUUUAGCAUCCCUUUGGUAGGUUCGAAUUAACAGUUCCGAAAGAUAGUAUCCGCGCGAUGCAUUAUUCUUUAAAAGCACCUCAGCCAGUGAUAGCCGCUUUUAAGUACAAACGCAAAAAGAUAACAAAAUUAUUUUCCAAACCUCAGACAAAGGGGGUCUGCUGGCUCUUCUGGCCUCGGUGCCACCUGUGUCAACUUAAGACGAGACAGCUAAAAACAAACUACACGUCUUUCAAUUGGUAAACCCAUUCACGUCUUCUUUAGCAGUUCGAGAGCUUCUCUCUGAUUUGUUUUGAUUUUAAUUAGAGCAUCCCCGGUUGCCACCUUGUAAAAACAAAAUGUCCAACAUAUGUAAAGAUUUCCUGCACAACUAUCGAAAACUGGAGUCUGGAAAUGUUUGUUGUAGAAGUAAGGUAAAAUAUGCAUAGUGUGUCUCGUGCAGCUCGCUGUCCCACAUAAACAGGGUAAAUGUAAAGCGAUUCGGGUCCCGGAGCGGAGAGCUGUUGUGCUGAUAUUCAAACACGCAGCGUGACAUCUAUUUCCAGUGCUCGCUGAAGAAUGAACUAGGUGGAUAAAUGUGUUGUUAAUAAUCAAUCAAAUAUAGACAUAUUUAUUUAAAUAGA